UGAAAAUUUUAAAUUUUCAUUAACCUAAAUGUGCCUUGCGACCUACACCACGCAUCCAAGCUGAUAAUAAAAAAAACACCAAUUUGAAAAGAGAACGUGGCUGGGCUGUGGUGUUGGGGGCUGGUGGUCGCGGUGGGAGCGCAGCGGAGCCCGCUCGGGUGGGCCAUGGGCUCGCAGCGCAUGGCGGCAGUGGCGGCGGUGUCGCACGCCAGCCGCUACUACAACCACACUCAGCCCGUCGUCACUGAAGCCACGCAUUACACCGUCAAUAUAUUCUUCGUCAGCGCGACGCUAUGCGGUGUGCUGGUGGCGGUGUGCGCGGCGUGCUGGAGACGCUCCCCAUCAUCAGACAAGCCGGAAGAGGUGGCUGACUGCAGGGGCAUAUACACCGUCAGCGCCGACACCAGGCUGCAUCAGGAACUGAUGGUAGAGGACGUACCCGGCCCGCCACCCGACUAUGAAACCGUUGUAGAUGGAGCGCCAGCGCAGAAAGAUUGCAGCAUCUUACAGGAGGUAGUCUCGGAGCCGUGUCCGCGGUGCGCGCCCGACCGCAGCGGUCUCCCGUCCUACGAGGCAGCCAUCAUGCUGAGAGACACCAAGUUAUAAUCGAUCGCACAAUAGA